AUGGAGGCAACCUACAUACUGGACCCGCGGGGAGACGUGAUGUUCCUGUUUCCCAAGCCAGGCUCCACAAGCACUGCUGGCGGAUCCGACGCGAUGGCCAUCGACACAGACGAGAGUAAUGUCCCCGCGACUUUGAAUACUCCUGAUUCUGAUUCCCACGAACAAGCGCGCUCUGCCUCUGCGGUUGCCGCCGUCAAAGUCGAGGAAAGCCGGACAAGAGUGCAUUCGCAUGCGCGUCUUCUCGAAACAUCUCGCCCUUAG